AUGAGUUAAUUUAGUAUCAUUAGAUAAGGUUACAGUGUGAGUCAAAUACAUAAAGAUGCUAUAUAUGAUGUGUUCUAAAGAAGUUAGAAAUAAAAGGUCUUUGUCAAUUAAGCAGAAUUCAUUCGAAAUCAAUUGAAUCAACUUUUUGGACCUUAAUGGGUUGUAUUUUUAUGGGAAAUAGGACUUAAUUAUGAUUAUUCCUUUUUUAAUAAAGAGGAAUAUGUUUUUGAAUUUGAAUGUGAUAAUAAACGAUGUCUCAUUUUAAAAUGGAAUUUUGUUCAUUCAGAAUACAAACCUUUAGAGUAAUUUAUUUUAUAAUCAAUUUUAGAGUAAAGUAUUUGAGCAAUAUUAUGUGA